AUGGUUUAUUCAAAGCCACUAAAUAUUCUCGUCGUCCUCGUCCUCUUAUCAUUUGCCAAAGGAUUUUUACUAUUAGGUGAUUGGCGUUUUGUCAAAUUAACAGAAGAUACUAUAACCCAAAGCAUUAACAAUUGAGAAAAUUCAGGUGAGCCUGCUAUAAAUUCAGAUGAUAGCACUCAAAUAAACCCAUUUCUUAGCUGCAACUCAAUAAGCCUGAAUAAUGCAGGCUUUAGUUUAACAGCAGACGUAACCAGCAUAAUCGCAACUAUAGAAUACGCAUUUGGAUUUUGGGUAAACUUCGAAUCAACUAUUAGCGACAAAGUUUUUCAAUUCGGAAUUGACAGUGGACCACAUUAUAAGGUCUCAUCAACUGUGAAUGGUUCCUUAAAAGUUUCCUAUUUUUCAGACGCGACAACCACUAAUUCAGCUGAUGACUUUUCCUUCACUGUCCCUUUAAGUAAUUCCUAUACAGACAAAUAUUUCUUUAUUGUGUUUCACUUUAUGGAUGGCUUAGGCAUUACUUUAGAGGUUAUGUUGCCUGGCAUAGAAAAAAUCUCCAACACAAGAGUUAAUUAUUCUAUGCCUGGUGGGAACUUUUUAUUCGGAAAAGGAAUCAAGGGAAAGUUUCAUCAGGUUGUAGCUACAAAAAGUGCUACCAUAAAUUCUUCCUUUGAUACAAUAACAUUAAAUGAUGGCUCAACUACAUCUGAUUUAGCUUUGCCUUGCACUCCUGAAACUUGCAUUGAUAGUGUAUGCCAGAACGAUAAUAUGGGAAGCCAAUGAUGCGUAUCAUCAAAGGAUUAUUGCACCAAUUGUGAUGCUACUGGAUGCACUGCUUGUGAUCCUGAUUCAGCUAGAAAUUCUGGAGGUUGGUGCCAAAAUUGUGAUGGCGCUGCAUAUGAACUUAAAAAUUAUCGCUGUAAUUUCUACUUAGGUUGCGCCACAGCCAACAAAUGUGCUGAAUGCUCAACAAAAAGCACUAAAUGCGAUUUUUGUGCGACUGGAUACUUCCUUAAUGACGAUAGCGCCACUUCAACAUCUUGUCUUUGUAAGAUUUUACUUAGCUUGUAUCGACUCCUGCACAUCUUGCCACCCAGGUCCCAACUGCUAUGCUUGUGCUGAAGCAAUAACUCAAAUAGGAACUACUUGCAGAGCCGAUUCUAUUGGAUUCGAGGUCAGCUUCGAUGGGCAGAAUAUCGUGAUUGACUUUGCUCACGCACUUAAAACUGGGCUGUCGAAAAGUUCAUUUACAGCUACAUCAAACUCAGGUUCAAGUAUCGAUGCAAGUACAUGGACUAUCACUGGCUGCACAGCAGGCUUGAAACAAUGCAUAGUUAAUGCUCCUAAUGUUCAAGAAAGCGAUCUCCCAAUUACGAUUAACUUCGAUUUUACUCAAGUCUAA